UUACUGUCUACAUCGAAAUGAUUAAAUGUUGCCAAGUUGAGACAUCAAUUGAGGACGUGAUCCGACACGUAAUCACCGGCAACGCGGGCACCGGUAUCCUCGAUGAGCCUUUCUAUGUGCUAGACGUGGAGGAUAUUAUCGAAAAGCACCGCAAACUAGUCGAGUCUCUACCGCGUGUACAGCACUACUAUGCCGUCAAAUGUAAUCCCUCGCCAGUAGUACUGCAACUACUGGCCGGACUGGGAGUCGGUUUUGAUUGCGCCUCAAAGGGUGAAAUUGAAAGGAUACUUAGCAUUGGAGUUCCAGCGAACCGCAUAAUAUACGCCAAUACAUGUAAAUCCUGUUCGUAUAUACAGUACGCAGAGGAGGUGGGUGUUAACCAAAUGACGUUUGACAACGAACACGAACUCUAUAAAGUACGUCAAUUGCAUCCCGGUGCUGAAAUGCUAUUACGUAUACGUGUGGACGAUCACUACUCCCGUUCUCCAUUGGGCACUAAAUUUGGUGCGAGUUUAAAGGAGGUGCGCCACCUAUUAGUGUUAGCCAAGCAACUGGAUGUAAAUGGUGUUGCUUUCACUGGUUGUCAAAAGGGGGAGGCCUACACCAAGGCUAUUGCUGACGCUAAAUGGGUUUUUAAAGUGGCCGGGAACAUUGGAUUCGACAUGAGGUUACUUGACAUAGGUGGUGGUUUUGUGGGAGCUACAUCACAGGCUAAACUCCAACACAUGGCACAUGCUGUUAACAGUGCCCUGGACCUACAUUUCCCAGAUUUUGACUCAAAUGGCUAUAAAUCUAACAUUACUAUUAUAUCCGAAUUUGGGCGAUACUAUGUGGACUCAGCAAUGACAUUGGCCACCACUAUAACUUCCAAAAGGUGUUUCCAAAGUGAGGACUACAGCCAACCCCCGGAAAUAAUGUACUAUUUAAACGAUGGUAUAUACGGCUCGUUCGUAUUAGCUAAACUCGGGCACGUGGAGGUCGAACCCAUACCUCUAGAUAUGGGCACCGGUAUGCCAAUCACUGAACGACCACUUUACUCAACUACUUUAUGGGGGCCGACAUGCGAUAGUCUGGAUUAUAUUAAAAAGGGUAUCCUGUUACCGGAAAUGCAUAUAGGGGAUUGGAUUUACUUUAAAAAUAUGGGCGCCUAUACUAGAAGUGCCGGUACCGAGUUUAAUGGGUUCGGUGUGCCCAAGUUACUAUAUCACGUUUCUGAGCUAGCACAAAAA